AUGCCAAAAGGGACAUUUGAGUACGUUUUGUCCAAAGUUGGAGCAGACAUAAUGAAGGAAGACACCUAUUUCAGGGAAUCGAAAUCUUCAAGAGAAAGAUUGGCUGUAUGUUUAAGGUUUCUGGCUACAGGAGAUUCAUAUAGAUCAUUGGCCUACAGCUAUCGCCUGGGCCAUUCAACCGUUCAGGGUAUUGUUGUGCAAGUGUGUACCGCGAUAGUCAAGAACCUACUGAAAGAAGCUAUACCAGAACCCACCGAAGACAAGUGGAAGAAAAUUUCUGACCAAUAUUGGACAAAUUGGAACUUCCCAAACUGUCUUGGGUCCUUAGAUGGGAAACAUGUUGAAAUAGAAUCCCCAGCAAAUAGUGGUUCACUAUAUUUCAGCUAUAAGAAGACCUUCUCUAUUGUAUUAUUAGCAUUAGUCGAUGCGAAUUACAGGUUUAUAUGGAUUGAUGUGGGAUCCUAUGGCAAAAAUAGCGACAGUGGAUUUUUUUCUACAUCUAGCCUUAGCAAGAACUUGGAGGAGAACAAACUGAAUGUUCCGAAUGAUGCUCCACUUCCUGGCACUGAUAUUCAUGCACCAUAUGUUAUCGUGGGCGACGAGGCAUUUCCUCUCAAGAGAAACUUGAUGCGCCCAUACCCCGGAUCUCAAGCUGAACAUGAUGAGCACAAGAGGAUCUUCAAUUAUAGAUUAUCUCGUGCAAGAAGGAUGGUAGAGUGUGCAUUUGGAAUACUUGCUCAAACUUUCAGACUGUAUUUAAGAAAACUCAGAGCAAAUCCUUGUAAUGCUACUACCAUAAUAACAGCAACUUGCAUACUUCAUAACCUAAUACGUCCAAGUGACGUUGCACAGCUGGGAUCUGUCGACAUGCCUUCUGCAAAUCAAGUUAAUUUACUUCCACUUACAGGAGGGGGUGGGAAUGCUACUAGGGAAGCUUUUGCUGUGAGAGAAACUCUAAAAAACUAUUUCGUAUCACGUACUGGUUCAGUUGAUUGGCAAAAUCAAAAAAUUUAA